AUGCGUAUAGUGAUUGUAAAGGAACUAGUUGCUGAUAGACAAAAGGAUGUUCUAAAAAUCUUACCUGGAUUGACAUGUUUCAUAGAAGGCGUAAAAGGCAUUUCUGUGGAGUCUAUACCUGGUUUAAAUGAAACUGGUUGGAGGCCACUUAUGAGAACCCCUAGAACAGGGCGAAUUCAAGAAGAAAAUACCGAUCCCGAUAAAUUGGCAGUGGCAUUGAAGCAGGUUCUUGUUGCUGUUAAAAAACAGGACUGGGCGUGGCCUUUCUUAGAGCCAGUUGAUAUUCAAUUAGCAUCAGAUUAUUAUGAUAAAAUUAAAUAUCCAAUGGAUUUGCAAACUAUCACUACCCGAAUGUCCAAUGGUUAUUAUGUAACUAGGAGACUCUUCAUAGCGGAUAUGUCACGUAUAGUUUCCAAUUGUAAGCAAUACAAUUUACCUGAAACUGAGUAUUAUAAAUGUGCUGUUUUGUUUGAAAAAUAUUUUCAAGCACGUAUGAGAGAAAGCGGAUUAUGGGAUAAAUAAUUAUAAUAAUCGCGUUUUUUGAUCAUGAAACCUAAAUAUAAUAUUAUUUAUUAUAUAUAAUA